UGAUAGGCUGUCAAUUUGCACGCAUUAUUUAUUUGUAAUUUUUAUUGUAUUAGCUCAAUAAAUAACGACUAAGUUAUGCACACAGACCUAGCACCGCAUUUACACACAGAAGAAUGCAAUGUUCUAAUUAAAAUUCUUCAAGAUUGUCAUGCAGAGCAUCCCUUCAGAAAGUUCAUGGGCUACUGCAACGACUAUGACCGGCAUAUGAGAAAGUGCUUGAAAGGAGAACGACUUCAGCGCCAGAAAGAGAACGCCGAGGCCUCGCGGCGACGACACGCAGAAAUUCGCGCGCGAAUACUAGCACAGGAGCAGGCCAAACAGGCGCAGUAG